UACAUACUCAAAAAAGUUGAUUAUCGACCUCGAUAACAAAUUUUGAAAACAUGCACGAGACAACGUCAAAGGAAAACCCGAUCGUUUUCUUCGAUAUAACCAUUGGAAAUACGGAAGUUGGUCGCAUCAAAUUUGAGCUGUUUGCUGAUGCUGUUCCAAGAACUGCUGAAAAUUUCAGACAGCUAUGUACCGGGGAGUACAGAAGAGAUGGAGUGCCUAUUGGCUACAAAGGAUGUAUAUUCCACAGAAUCAUUAAAGACUUCAUGGUGCAAGGAGGUGACUUUGUAAAUCAAGAUGGAACAGGAGUCUGCAGUACAUACGGUGGAACAUUUGCUGAUGAAAACUUCAAAAGAAGUCAUUGUGGUCCGGGAAUCCUUUCUAUGGCUAACAGCGGAAAGGACAGCAAUGGAUGUCAGUUCUUCAUCACCUGUGCUGCCUGUGAUUUCCUCGACAACAAACAUGUGGUGUUUGGGAAGGUUAUUGACGGUCUGCUAGUUUUGCGGAAGAUUGAAAAUGUACCAACAGGGCCAAACAACAAGCCAAGGAUUGCUGUGAUUAUCUCGGAAUGUGGGAGAAAUGUGACACCUCCUAAAAUUGGUGACUCAUCGAAAAAUAAGGCGGCUAUAUACUGUGAAUGACCUAAACUCAUCAGUGUAGUUUUGGUGACAUCAGUCAUCAACGUGCAAGGCCAUGUUACUUGGCUUUACGUUAUGCAUGUUUAACUAUAAACUAGUAGUUAAUGGCGGCUGAUGCUCUGAAUUAUUCACAGAUUAAUGUGACUUUUAGACUUAUCUAUUCUCUCACUUGUUUUCAGUCAAAAUGUUUUAGCUGAUCAUUAAACAAGACAGUUAAAGUUAUGAGAUUCAUCUUCCUAUAGAAAUGUUUUUUUCAAAUUAUCAUGAAGCUGAAGAAAAAUCUAUUAUCAUUUUCAAUUUGGGAGCAACAACAUGUUGAGACUUUGUUACCUUGUGUCAUAUAUAUACAUGUUGAUAUAUGACAUUGUGUACUUUCUUUCGUUUGGUCUUUAAACUAUACACUAAUUAAGUUAGUGUAUCAAAUGGAAACAUAUUUUGUUAUUAUCAUGUCCACACAUUUUCGUUUUGCAUGUGACCAAAAAAAGUCACAAGAGGAGAACGAUAGUGUUACAUUCCUGGUGGUAUCGUCAGCAUUUCUCGUUAAAGUUUUACACUUAGAUAUUUUACUCAAAAAGUUUUAAGUUCAACUGUAACCAAACUUGGUAUAUUGUUAUAUCAGAUGGUGGAUAUCUCAACACAGUGCAAAAACUUUGAUUCAAAGUAGAGGGUGGGUUGUUUCAAAGUAGAGGGUGAACUUAUUUAAAGUAGAGGGUUGGCUUAUUGUAGUACAUUGAAAUUGCAUUUAACUUGUUAACAUUUUUGCUGAAAAUUGACAUGGGCACACUUUUUAUUGGACAUUGGCUUAUUGCUAGAUAAAUCUAAUGCAUUUCAAAUGUCCUGUAAGUGUACUGAAUGUAUGGUGACAGUGAAAUAAAGAUGAUUACAAACUUGAUGUAUACUGGAUAUAUAUACUAAA